GUUCUUUCCCUCAUGGUACUUUUUUUAAUUUUCGCUUCUACAUAACAGAGCAAGUCGACUCAGGUUGGAGGAAGACUUCUUGUUCGUGUUUGGCUGGUCUCAAGCUUCACUUUAAGACUUUCUUCCAGAUAUAUACUGAGGCUAUUCCGACUCGUGAUGUUUUCCGGCUGGUGGCUUUGGCGCUGCGGGACUUGAACCUUACCUCAUAUCGGAACCGAACAGGAUAGGUUUCCUGGAUCCAGGAGCCGAUUGGAACCACAAUACUCAUGCUCAGGCAUGUGCCCUUUGCAUUUCCCCACCAGAUCUGUUGGCCCUACCAUCAAUGUCACGGCUAGUUAUUGCUUGUUGCAACAAUACUUCGGUUGAACUGGAACAAGAAGGCGGUUUAUCUGCUAGGUUGACAGGCGGAGUGAACCACAUGUUGGAUGUAUUUGAGGUUUCGAUGAGGUACAUGGCGAAGGACAUUUCAGAUUUACAACAGGUGCACAGACCUGGUGGUUGGCACGACGUGGAACGUCAUUUGAUUGUUGGAACUGUAUUGUCUUUCAAGAUGACUAGGCUAGUGAUGUCAGACAAUUUCAAGCGUACACAGAUCAAGAUCCUUUCAAGUUCUCGUCACAAGUUCUGCCAAUGUGAUCGCGGGUUUAACGUCUGCGGCCUGUCUCUAAAUUGCGAGUUCAUCUAUGGAACCCCUGUCAAUUCGGGCCCGCUCCCUGAAUGUCUUCAAGGCCACAAUGCAGGACUCGUGAUCGUAUGUGUGGGCCGGAUGCACAUGGCCAACCACACCAGUUCUGCAUUGUUGAUGACACUGAGGACGGUCUGA